AUGCUGACUUCGAAGACUUCGGAGAGCGACAGCUCGCCUGCGGCGCGCCCGCCGUACAAGGUCUAUAAACGACGGUUCUGGGGUCUGGCGCAGCUCGUGCUACUCAACAUCGUCGUCAGUUGGGAUUGGCUCACCUUCUCGUCAAUCUCGACUACCGCCGCGGAGUAUUUCCAGGUCUCCGAGAGUGCUAUCAAUUGGUUGAGUACCGGCUAUUUGUUCGCAUUCUGUGUCGCCAGUCCCUUCGUCAUCUGGGUCCUGAACAAAGGCGGCCCCAAGCCGGCCAUCGUCACCACCGCCGCGCUACUGCUUGUCGGCAACUGGCUGCGCUAUGCCGGCACCAGAGCCAACGGCGGUAUAUUUGGACUCGCCAUGUUCGGCCAGAUCCUCAUUGGCCUGGCACAGCCCUUCUGCCUGUGCGCGCCCACGCGCUACAGCGACCUGUGGUUCUCGGACAAAGGUCGCACGAGCGCCACGGCCCUCGCCAGCUUGGCCAACCCUCUAGGCGCAGCGAUAGGACAAUUUGUGGACUCGGAGUGGGCAACCAAGCCCUCUGAUAUCCCCAAUAUGGUUCUUUAUAUCUCCAUCAUUUCCAGCGUCGCAGCAAUCCCAUCAUUCUUCCUGCCUGCUGCACCGCCGACUCCCCCAAGUGCCUCGUCCGCCAUCCCCCGCACGCCAUUGAUGCCCGCGAUCAAGCAAUUGCUGGGCACGCUGGAGUUCUGGCUGAUCCUGGUGCCGUUCGCCGUAUAUGUGGGGUUCUUCAAUAGCGUUUCGUCCUUGGUGACCCAGAUCCUCAGUCCAUACGGAUACUCUGAGACCGAAUCCGGGAUUGCAGGCGCGAUCCUGAUCGUAGUGGGACUGGUGACGGCCGCAAUCAUGUCACCCGUCACAGACCGAUGGAAACACUACCUGGGCUCGAUCCGCGUGCUGGUGCCCAUCGUGGUGGCCUCGUAUAUCGGGCUGAUCUUCGCGCCCACCAGUGCCACUGGUAUUGCCCCAACGUACAUAGUCAUGGCGCUGAUGGGCGCUUCGUCAUUCGCGCUUCUCCCCAUCGUCCUGGAGUAUCUGGUCGAGAUCACGUAUCCCUUCUCGCCGGAGAUUGGAAGCACCAUCUGCUGGACGGGUGGCCAGUUGCUUGGUGCGUGUUUCAUUCUCAUUCAGGAUGCUCUCAAGGCUGGCGCGAAGGCAAAUCCCCCUUCCAACAUGCGCAACGCCCUCAUUUUCGCUGCUGUUGUGUCUUUCGUCGCUGCUCCCUUCCCGAUAGUUAUUGGCUUGUUUGGGAGAGAUGUCCAGCGUCGUCGUCUGGAGGUGGAUCGUGGUAUCGAGCUGCAUGUCGCGGAAGCCGGCCAGGGUGACACCGGCGGUCCGAAUGAGGACAUCUCACAAAUCGAGUUGGCGUCUCCGCUGCACGAGUCAACUCUUAAGUCUGCUUGA